CUUAAGACCAAAGAACAUACUUUUUCCUGGAGAAGAUGAGGAUGAAGAAAUCGGUCAAAUCGGUUUUGAUCGGUCAAAAGAUAAUGCAAAGAAAAGACCAGAAGAACUGCCUAGUGCUCCGAAGAUCUUUCACCCAUUUUCUUCUGACUCCCAAAGGAUGCAGAAGACUGGAUCCACUCAGAAGUCUGUGUUGGCCAAAUCUAAUCCAACGAAAUUUUUACCAAAUGUCCCUCCUAAUUCCCAAAGUCAUCACAUACGUAAGAGAACCCACACACAUUCUGACCUGUCUCGAAGAAACCAUCCAACUGCUGAUCCACUUGAGAGAAGCCGCAUUAACCAUGACCUGUUUCAGAGAACCCACACUUCUCCUAACCAGCUUCAGAGAUUCCACACAAGCUGUACUUCUCCCAACUUGUUUGACGAAGAUUGCACUCCAACUGACCUGCUUCAGAGAUGCAGCACUUCCCCUGAUUCACGACAGAGAAAUGGCACAACUGCUGAGCCAUUUCAGAGAGGCCAGACUUCCUCUGAUCCACUUCGAAGAAGCCACACAACUGCUGACUCAUUUCAGAGAGGCCGCAAUUCCCCUGAUCUUCUUCAGAGAAGCCACACAACUACUGAGUCGUUUCAGAAAGUCCACACUUCCCUGAUCCACUUCAGAGAAACCACACAACUGCUGACCCGUUUCAGAGAGGCCAGACUUCCUCCUAUCCACUUCGAAAAAGCCACACAACUACUGAGCCAUUUCAGAAAGUCCACACUUCCUCUGACCCACUUCAGAGAAACCACGCAACUGCUGACCCAUUUCAAAGCGGCCACACUUCUCCUGACCUGCUUCAGAGAAGCUGUAUUUCUCCUGACUUGUUUGAGAGAGGUCAUACUCUCCCUGACUCUUUUCAGAGGAGUCACUCUCCCCCUGACCCACUGCAGAGAAGCUGCACUUCCCCUGAUCUGCAUCAGAAAGGGAAUGUUUACCAACAGCCACAUGGACCAUCAAGACAUCAAGCUGUUCUUGAUACUUCCCUCCUUCGUAACAUUCUCACAAAUCAAGAGAUCAUGAUGGACCAAAUGAAAAUAAUCUAUAGGACAGUUCAGGGUCUAAAAUCUGUCAGUGAAGAUAUAGGCCUUGAACCAAACCUACUGCCAGUAGCUGAUCUUCAGUCUCUGCAAAACUUGGAGGAGCGAUUGAGGAAAUUUCCUGACCUUCAAAAGCAAAUGAUAAGCAUGUUGGCAAUGAAAGGUGGGACGGACACCAGAGAUGGAGUUUGGAGAAUAAUGACAGCAACGAUAACAAUAUCGCUGGCUAAGAAUAUAAAUAUGCGUGGAGUAAAUGGGAAGAUCAGCUUUAAAAGCUUGCAGUUAAGGAACAUUGUUUUUGCUGCUGUGAGAAAAAAUCGUCUGACACAACAAGCCACAGAUCAGGAGAUAGAAGCAAAUAUCCAAAGAUGGCUUCAGCUUGCUCCUGAUAAGAGAUGGAGGAAGGAGAGAGCGCUUGAGGAGAAAAGAGGGGCUGCAGAGCUGUACUUCACUUCAGGACAGUCCUAAAUAGGAUCACUUUCUCCCUCACACAUACAAACUUUCUGAUCUGUAAAUUUGUUUUAAGUAAUUGUUUUAAUUUGCUCUUAUGUUUGUUGAGUAAAAUUACAUUAUAAUAUGUUUACAUUUCUGUGCUUGAUUCAUUCAUAGAUUCAUUUAGUUAGAAUUAAAAAUGUUAUUUUUUAUGCACACUUACACAACUCUAGCUGUCUUUUUUCUUUUUUUUUUUUUCUUUUGCAUUACAAUAAGUAAGUUACUGUUUAAGAAAGGCCAGUGCAAUUUUUUGAGGCGUUAAUAAGAUGCUAUUCUUUGAUAUUAAUAAAUAAAAUAGUGUUCACACAGUUACACAAUUCUGGAUGUGAUUUUUUUUUUAUUAUUUUUUAUUUUUGGCUUGUGCAAUAUUGUUAAAUAAACUAAUUUUGAGAAUUAAAUUUUCUUGUGACUUAUUUGUUCACAUGGUUUGGGUAAGAUUAGGCUGGGUUAUGGCUCAUUUUGGGGGUUUCUGGUUAAAAGGUGGUGUUGAUAUGGUUAACAUAUUGCUGAGAAAUGGUACCAAUAAUAAAACCUGUAUUGGCCCAGUUCAGGGCCAGUUAAGGGUGAUUAACUGGCUGAGAUUCGGGCCGGUUAUGGCCCAUGUGUGACCCUUGUCUUUA